AUGAAUUUUGACACUAUUAUCAUGUCUGCGCUAAAAUUUGUCACUGGUGAAACUGAACAUGUUUGUAGGUUAUGUUUGGCAGUAACAGAAAAGCGCGAGAUAUCACUUGAAGACAGCGUCAGAGUUCAGCGAUCAUAUUUUGAUGAAACCGUUACUUUCGUUACAAUGUUCCGUGAUCUUGGUAUAUCAAUGGAACCACUGUUACCUCAAGUACUGUGUACAUCUUGUGCAAGAAACACUAUAAAUUGCUAUCUAUUUCAAAAACUUUGUAUUUUAUCAUACAAUAGAUGGAAUGCAGUACUAGACAAAAUAAAAGAAAGUCUUGCACAUUCAAGUGGUAUUGGACACAAUAUUCAUAGUAUAUAUCUUAUGAUAAACAAGACAGAUAAUAUUAUGUUCACUAGUAAAAAGAGUUACUCUGGUAAAAGUAAAAGAAUCGCUUUAAUCAAAAUAAAAGAAAUUAUGAAAGGUAGACAAAAGUAUACAAAACUGAAAGAAACAAACUCAAUUUGUGAAGAGUGUGGUGAACAAUUUAACUCAAGUAUACUUCUAAUAAGGCAUAUGAAACUUCACACAAAAUUUAAUAACCCAUGUAAGAAAUGUCCAAAAACAUUUUCAACUCCUCUUCAAUUGGAAGAACAUGCAGAGCGUGUUCAUUAUCCAAAACAGUUACAGUGUACAAAAUGUGCAAAACGGUUUAGUACAGAGAGAAUGUUGAAAAUUCAUCACAGAAUGUACCACGUUGCUGCGGAAUGUAAGCAGUGUUGUAUACAAUUUCCAUCAAAAAAAGCUUUACACAAUCAUAUGAACAAGCAUGCAAUUCACAGAUGUUCACGCUGUAACAAGAGCUUCAUGAACAAACACACUUUUAGAUUUCAUCUUAAGGUAUGUGGCAAUGCAAAAGAGAAAAAACUAAGUUUCUUUUGUGAUAUAUGCAGUAAGGGUUAUGUGCGUAAAAAUGGAUUACGAACUCAUUUAAAAACAGACCAUGGAUUUGGUGAAGUAAUAUCUUGUAAAUGGUGUAAUAAGAAAUUUGACGCUAUGAGUAGAUUAAAGAAUCAUAUUGUUAAACACACACGAGAAAGAAAUUUUCACUGUGAUCAAUGUGGUGGCAAAUUUGUCACACAAGCAGCUUUAGUGUAUCAUAUAAGGCUUCACACUGGUGAGCGACCAUUUCCAUGUGAUAUGUGUGAUGAUAGUUUUCUAUCAGCAUCUAGAAGGAUGGAACACAAAAGACGGAAGCAUUUUGAACCAACACAGGAGUGUCAUAUAUGUCAUGUCAGAUUUGUGACUGGUCAUCAGUUAAGGAAACACAUUCAAAGGCAUUCUAAUCCACACAGCAAGCUGUUUGUGCCUAACCAUUUUGAUGGAAUGAAUAAUAUUUCCAUACUUCCAAACUUCCAAAUAAACAGUAAAAUUUGA